CAACAAGGAAAUCGGCGUGUGCAGUGGAAGAGGUGUUUGCGCGCUGGCAGAAUUGGAGUUGAAAAGUGCAAACGCUGUUUGUUUGGGAACGCAGUUGCGUUGGGUGACACAGAGCCAAUUUCAACCUUCGCCGAUUUCACUUUGACGUCGUAUAUUUACGCGCAAGCCACAUCCCUGCCUGCAACACCACGACACCACGACACCAUGGUGCGCGUCAAGUACCGCUAUCUGGUGGUGAACUUCCUCUACCCAGAACCCAUCGCGAAGAGCAAGACGCCGCUUCCCGAUCUUGUACAGAUCCACGCGCCCACGCCCGAUGCUUUCCAUACCGGCACCCUCAUGCGCUUGAUACGUGAAGGCGUCGAGGAUCUUUAUGGCGAUUAUGGCGCAGGCAUGGUGUCUACGGGACUCAAAGGUUUGCUGCUUGGGAUCUUCAGUGUACAUUUUACUUACUUUCUUCCAGUCAACUACUGGUCUCCCUCCACAUCCACCGCAAUCAUCCGCUGUCCCCGCGACCACUACGAAAUGGUCUGGGCCGCACUCACAUACACCACACGUCUACCCAAGCCCGCCGAUGUACCAGUCGUAAUGAGAGCUGUGCGCGUGAGCGGUACAAUCAAGAAGGCGGAAGAAGAGGUAAUACGACGGUCGCAGCUUAUCAUCCGGAGGGCAAAGGCCGCAGAGGCGAAGACGCCCAUGCUGGAAAGUGUGGAGAAGGCAGCAGACGAAGCGAGGAAGAAUGAGCGCGACGUUUUGGCGCUGGUGGAUCGAGGCAGCGAGGAUGACGAUGAGGAUAUGAGUGACUGAAGCGAAUUGAGAACUGCGUGCUUCACAGCCCUACACCCUAUACACAGAUUACGUGGUCGACGGGAAGGAACUUGUUGAAAGUAUUGGCAUUAACGCUCUGCGCAUAAAUUUCUCAGAGGUAGACGUACUCCUGGCUCAAAGGUAAGGCUUCGGUCCCCAACCUGGGCCUCGUCAUACCGCCCUCACGGCUAUACGCUGGACGACUAAACCGAAGCGAGAAGAAAUUCCCGCGCAUUCGCCGCUGGUGUUCCCAACGUCUCACAACGUUUGGCCACACUCACCUCUUAUCACGACGUAUUGCGUCUCGCCAGCCUUUGUGCAUGCAAUUUUCUUCGCGCAACCUCAGUCUCGCCGACAUCCUCAUCCUCGUCCGCAACGCAGUGUUCGCAGUUUUCCCACCGAUGUGAGAAGCAAGGGGUACUG